AUGACGUUUAAAGAUGAAACGAAGUUGUUUGAUUUCUACAAGCAAUAUGCCUAUGCAGUUGGUUUUUCAGUCAGAAAAAGAAAUUCAAAAAAGGGGAAUGACGGAGUUGUUAGAUUUGUGACAUUUACAUGUAGUCGUGAAUGCCGAAGGUCUAGUAAUACAAAUAGUGCUUUGAGGCCGCAACCAACGAGUCAGACACAUUGUAAAGCACGGAUAUCUGCAUCUACAUACAGUCAUGGCACAUGGAGAAUUAACACCGUCAACCUCCAGCACAACCAUAAGACAAGUCCUUUGAAGUCUAGGUUGUUUUGGUGCAAUUUGGAAUUAAGUGCAAAUGUAAAACGAAAGCUUGAAUUGAAUGACAUAGCGAAAAUUCUACUGCACAAAAGUUUCAACUUUGUAGUUGUGGAGGUAGGUGGGUAUGAGAAUAUGACUCGCGUUGAAAAAGAUUGCCGAAAUUAUAUUGAACAAGUCAGACAGUUACGACUUGGAGAGGGAGAUGCAGCAGCAUUACAAUCUUACUUUUCACAUAUCCAAGCACGGUGUUCAGGGUUUUACUUCGCUAUGUAUUUGGAUGACGAGUCUCGGCUUAGGACUGUAUUUUGGGCAGAUAAUAGAUGUAGGCAAGCUUACAAGGAGUUUGGCAAUGUUGUAACAUUUGAUACCACUUAUUUGACGAAUAAGUAUGACAUGCCUUUUGCACCUUUUGUUGGUGUGAAUCAUCACGGACAAUCAACACUGCUUGGUUGUGGCUUGUUAUCAAAUGAGAAUACAAGUUCGUUUGUCUGGCUGUUUAGGACGUGGCUUUAG